UUUGACAUUGCCGACAAAAUCGCGAUUCGGUUCACGUCUGUGCUACAUCUCGGAUUUGUGGUCAACAGCACGUGAACAACACGUGCCGGAUUUUUUAAUAGGAGACGUUUUGAUAUUAAAAAGUUAACAUAGAAGUUUUAAUUUAACAAAAGGCAUAAUAUACCGGAAGAAGAGAAAUAUCCUUUAAUCAUCCUUACGAUGGAGACGGAGACGAGCGAAGCGCAAAAACAGAAUGCAAAUGCCACUGCGGAACCGGAUAAGUCUGAAACGAUCGAGCAAAAAAUAAUUUCUCUAGCGAAAACAAGGCCCAAAGGCAUUUCCGACAAAGACUUGGCUAUCGAGCUGCCUGAUUUACAGCCAGUUCAGAGAGCUCAAAUUAUAAACAAACUUCUAACGCAAGGACACUUUGACCUUUUCAAACAGGGAGGAUCACUGUCUUAUCGCUUGAAGGACCCGUCGAAAACCAAAGUUGUUAAAGGCGCCGAUAACGAAGAAAAGAUAGUGUACACAAUCAUUGGGGAAGCAGGAAAUACAGGGAUAUGGAUUCGAGAAAUAAGAAAUAAAACUAACUUGACGCCGACUCAAUUGAAUAAGAUAUUGAAAAGCUUAGAGACAAAGAAGUACAUUAAGGCUGUUAAGUCUGUAGCAGCUAGUAAGAAGAAAGUAUACAUGUUGUAUAGCUUAGAACCGGAUAGGUCAGUAACAGGUGGUGCAUGGUAUCAGGAUCAAGACUUCGAGACAGAAUUUGUUGAUAUAUUAACUCAGUCCUGUUGCACUUUCUUGAACACAAAGGCUACAGAAGCGAAAAAUUGUAAAUAUGGACCUAUUGCUGUGAGAAACAUGGCGUUUGUUUCAUCUAAGGAUGUGCACAAGUACAUUGUACAUUCAGGAGUAAGCAAGGUGAAAUUAUCAGUGGAGGACAUAGAAAUGCUUUUAAACGCUUUAAUUUAUGAUGGUAAGGUCGAGAGGAUACUCUCAGGGGAAGGGAGUAAUAUGUAUAGAGCUGUUCAGCCUUUGUUAAGUUCGCCUGGAUUGAUCAAAGCUCCUUGUGGCAUAUGUCCGGUCAGAGGAAACUGUUCCGACGUUGGCGAUGUUACACCUUCCAAAUGUCAGUAUAUUACAAAAUGGUUAGAAGGUGAGAGUACUUAAUGUGCUAAAAUUUAUUUAUCAUCUUGUCAAGACUGUAUUUAAAUAUCUUUA